AUGCUGAAACCAGUGGUGAAACCUGCAGAGGUGGCACAUCUGGCGCCCCACUCCCCAUCGGAACCAGAAGUGACCCCUCUUGAUGACUCUUCAAGUCUGGGCCAGAUCUCGGUCAGGCUACUUUCACCGCUGUACUACCUGGUCAUGAGGCGCCCCCUUUGGUUGACCCGGACCACCCAACAUUGCGUCGCACCACCCGCCAUGCUCCAACCUUCAGGCUGCCAUCUUUCGGCCGUGGUCCUAACUGUCUAUCGUCGGGACGACGAUACAAAGGUGGGGGGUAGAUGUAGCAGUGUGGACCUGAGCCUGAGGGCGCUCACUCUUUUGCCACUCCUGCGGGAAGCAGCAGUCUCUUUGGGUCCGUGGAGUUGUGCUGGUGGGGAGCCUCACACAGUGGUUGGUGGCCCUGUUGGCACGUAUGUGGGCUUGUGCGGCGUGAGCGCUGCCCUGGGAAACGCCUUCUGCUCGUUUUGUGGUCUAACCCCAGCUUCCCUGCACUUCAGCGGGACCGAGCUGCAACCUCCCGCGGCAGUUUGGAGACUGCCAAUCAUCACAAACCUCAGCAGCCCCUACGACCACCAGCUGCCAGUCACUGACAUCAACACAUACGCCACACUCAAGGCUGUAGCAGAUAAAGUGAACCUCUACAACUUCAGACAGCACUCGUUGGAGAUGUCCCUCAGAGGCAGCCUGCCCAUGGAGUCUCUGGAGGAGCUGGAGCCCAGUAACCCGUACAGCCCACCCAGACACCCCUCCCUCAGGCAGAGCCGGCACAAGCCCCGCCCCCCACGUAGCCACAGCUCCCAGUCCCUAUACUACAGCAGCAGCAGCCCCGCCCUGCUCCGCUCCUGGGACAGCCGCGACACGCUCGGUCUCAGACAAGCUUACACACCUCAGAAACUCUGCGUGAUAGAGAAAGAGCUGCACACCACGCGCUACAUGCCGCCGCAGCCAUACUUUGUCACCAACAGUAAGACCGAGGUGACAGUGCCAGCAGCUGCAAGUAUGAAAGCAAUUGUCCUGCUGGUGUUGUUGGCGCAGGGGGUCCUGUUUGUGCAGUCCACUCCGGACAGCUCAGCGGAGACUGAGAGGGGAACAGAAGAGCCCAUCCCAUGUUCAAAGUCAUGCACCUGCCUUUACGAUGACUACAGUCUGGAGCUCAAUGUUUACUGCAGCUUAAAAAACCUGACACAGUCUGACGAGGAGGAUGGCGUUGAACUAUUUCAAAGACCACCUGGACUUUCUCUGCAACUUCCUGAUGGAGACACAUUUUCAGCAGGUAGCAGCGACGCGACUGUGGAGGAUGUUAUUGAAACUGACAACUCUGAAGAAAAAAACAAGAGCCCCGUCACUGCUGAAAGUAGCACUAAAUACAGCAACAAUAAUGCUAUCAUGCUUUCAUUUGCAAAACUUGAACACGCGUUAAAUGCCUUUCAAAACGGCAAACAAGAUGCCAUCAAGCCAAUACAUAGCACAGUUGAAAUAGGAGAUGGAUAUACAGGUGGGAACAGAGAAGAUUACUGCCACAUGCUUCUGGAAAAAUCAGCAUAUUUCCUUGAGAAGAAGACAAUACACUAUGUCAAGAAAAAGAACAUGGGCCUCAUGCAAGAAGAAAAUAUAGAGAAUGAUUAUAAGAAGCCACCAACUUUAUAUAUUGAUUUGAGAAGCCCCAGUGAGACAUCUACAAAAUCAAUAAGGUCUCCAUCCCAGUUCACAGUUAAGGAAAAAGCAAUGCCAUCUAACAGCCCCAGUUGUGUCAAUGAGGGCACGCAGACAAACUACGGAAAAGAAACAGCCAAAAGCAUGCUACUUCGUAAAAUACGGGAGAACCAUUACAUGAAUGAAUUUAUUAAUAAACAAGAAUUAUAUGAUAAAAGUGCAGUGGAAUGCGGGAAACAAUUGGAAUUCGAGGACGCUUACAAAUCCAAUUUGGAAAAGACACUGGAUGAGAACAUUACAUUUAAAACAGAAAAUCAGAACAAGAAUCAUGAACGUCACAAGAAGAAAAGAAAAGAUCACCAACAGAAACACAUUGUAAAAGAGCUGGAGAAAAAUCGACCAUUAAAGUCUGUUGGGCAGGUGCUACCAGCCACUGAAAAUACUCUUCUUUAUCAUGUUGAUGCCUCACAUCUAGAUCAACUUCAAUCAUUACCCACAGAUUUAGGAAAUGAAGGACACAUGCUGCUGAUUGUCAAGCUCUCAAGUCCUGGGACGGUUUUGGAGACAAGACAGAGAAAGAGUCAAAAAAUUGAUUGGACCUUAACCAAACCACAUCUUUAUAACACCUUAGUAGCCUGGUUUCUUUCUUUGGUUGAUCCACAAUCAUCAAGAGCUAUGGAAGCCAAUGUAAACGUCCCAUUCCGGGUGCUUGGACUGCAACAGCUUUGGACACAGAAUAAUGGACUGGCUUUAUAUGUCCUUACUGAAGCCAAACAAGUUUAUAAAGCAAGGAACACAGAUAUUCCCACUCCCUUUUACAACCACAUAAAGAGAUUUCUGUCUGAGACUUCACUCUCCUCUAUUGCUCCCUGGCUUCCUCAUUUAAAUGCAGUCGUAAGUGAAGACACCUGCAAUCCCCCCAUUAGCCUCCCAUUGUGGCAUCUAAGCACUUUUAUUACUGCAACAUCUAACCAAAAAGUAAUGGACAGAAUAUUUAAUCUCAAACCUGGGUUUUACUGGCAGACAUUGGAAACCCCAGAACACGAAUGUAAAGGCAGGAACACCAAACAAGAACUUCAUACACAGAUAUCCAUGACUUUGGGAUUUCAAGACUUUUAUCAUAUUCCACUAGUCACACACUACACCCUACAAGCCAUCCUCGAUUCAGGAUUAGAUAUUUGUGGUUUAAGACUUAUUUAUCCAUCAACUGAUCUCCUGCCUGAUCAUUUUGAGUGCAAGACCUUCCUUCAAAAAGGAGCUGCCACUCAGAGUGUCCUCGCCAUGGCGGUCCGUGGACCUCAUGCGCAUUCAUUAUCACAAGGCCUAAAUAAACAAGUGCAGCUCAUUAGGCAGAAGACACCGAUAGUAGUGACUGAAGAUGGGGAUGAGGGUUCUCUGCUGCUGUACACCCCUCAUCAGUCUGAUCAAGUCCACAAGGAGCUGUGUCUGUGGUUUUCUGGGAGACUUGUCGAAGAAAGUAGAAAGUACCAGGAAGAAUUUCUUAAAAGGGGAAUACUGAUGACAGAAAUGGAUAGUGCAAGAGCUUCACUACUCGGACUCUCCCGUCUCCCAGUCAAAUUGUACAGGACAUUGACUUCACAAAAAUGCCUGGUGCUGAUUCUCAAGAAGGAAAAUGCAUUACAUCACAGCAUUUCUCGUCCAGCAGCUCUUAUCAAAGAAUUCAAGACGCAAAACCUUCUCUCUCUCCUGCAAUCCAUGGGUGAUGACGUUCAAACUAGUUUUCGACCAACUUUGUGUUUCCAUACGGUUCCUUAUAGCAACAGCAUGUAUAAUAUUUUUGCUCAGCUGGCUUGGAAUGUCCCAGAUGCUUCCACUGUGGUCCUGUCCAAUCAAAAGUGUCCCCGAGGCCUGGAGUGGGACGAGCUGGUUGUUUUGACGUUGUGUGGACAGGACAUGAGCCAAGGUUUGGGCCUCCUGCACAGAGCUCUAACACAGCAUGGGUUUGAUGUGCUGGGCCUGAAAUGGCUGCACACGCUAAGCCGACUGCAGGCCCAGGAAGUGAGUCCUUAUGAAGUGGGGGAGAAGUCCAGUGUUAGCGCUCUGGUCACUCUGACGUCUUCCCCUGCACUGGUGUGUGCGCUGAGGCAGAAACAUGCUGUGUUUGCUCUGAAGAACGUCCUGCACAGACAACCCACUGGCGAUUUGGCCAUUUUGAUGUCACCCACACCUCAAGUGGCAAACCGACUGUGUGCACUGUUCUUCUUUGAGCAUGAGCUUAUUUCAUGUGCAGCGGAAAAGUGA